AUGAAAUAAAUUUUUUUGUUCUUAACAAUUUACCUGUUUAGAUUUUAUUGCAACCCUUGUUAAAGCUAAAAUUUAUAUGGAAAUAUUUGCCAUUCCAGUUAUGUUAAGAAAUUUAUUGUUGAUUAAGACUUAAAUUAUGCGUACUCGAUAUCUGAUGAUUAACUAAUUAUAACAUGGGAUAUUAUAAAUGGUUAAUAUAUCAACAGUUAUUCAGGACAUAGGAGCUUUUUAGUAGACAUUAACUAAGAUGAAAAUGGAAAUAUUUACAGCGUAAGUAGUACAGGAGAUAUAGUCAUUUAAAACAAAUAUAAUAGUUCAAUAAAAUAGAUCUUUAAUUGCACAAAUGGUGGAGUUAUUCAAAAUGUAACAAAGUUUGAUUCUACCUUUAACUAUUUUCUCUAUUAUGAUUCUUCAUAAAAAAAACUAAGCGUUUUUAGCUUAACUUAACAAAAUCAAGUUCUUUCUUUGAGUUUUCCUUAGUAGGAAUUAAUGUAAAUAAUUGAGAAUCAUUAGUCAGAUUUUAUAUUUUUCUUCGCAGAUGGAAGUUAUGUUGAGGCGAAUAUAAAAUUGAAUUAAAUUAAAAACUUUAAAUUAGAUCCUUCAAUUUCUAAUAUAUUCGAUAUAUAAUACUUAUCUUUAGGUUCUAUGAAAGUAAAGAACAUUUAAAUGCCUAGCAUUAAUAUUGCAUAUUAAGUUUUUAUAAUUCCAGAAGAUGAUAUUAUGUGGCAUCCACGCAUUUAGGAUAUUUACUCUCUCACUGAAAUCAAUAAAAAUUAGAUGCUUUUUUAUAGUUUUCAAGGAAACUAUGAAGGGAUUCAAGCUAUUUCUACUUCUAAUUGGGUGAUCUAAAUUGAAAUGAGAUGCCUUUAAUUACCGUGGAACUUAAAUGUAGAAUAAAGCUAGUUAAUUUUUAAUUAAGAAGAAGACCAACUUAUUACUACUUAUGUUGGAGGAGCUAGUCUGCAGGACCUAACAUCUAGCUAGUUUACAAAUUAAAUGAGAAUAUUUCAGCAGAGACUAAUUCUUCCUUAUUAAUCAAUUAUUGAUUAUAAUAUAGGUGUCCUAGUAUUUUUAGAUAAUGAUUUCAUCAAUGUUGUUAAUUACUAUACCUUUGAGUUUAUUAAAUUUAUUCAAUUUGUCUCAAACCUUAGUAAAAUAAAGGCAGAUUUGAAAUACAAUCAAAGUAGCUCAAAUUUAUAUGUAACAAGCAGUGGAAACAAUAUGGUUUAGCUUACUGUAGUAAACUUAAAAACAAUGUUAGCAGCUUAAUACAAUGCCAUAUUAAAUACUUAUUAAAGCAAAUUAAAACCUGGACGAUUUUACAGUAAUAAAGGUAUAAGAUUAAGAUUUUUUGUUAUUGCUGAAUGGAUUUGGGUAACAAACAAAAGUAGCAAAGUAUAAUUCAACUACAUUAGAGUUAAUUGA